CUUCACCUCAACCUUCACCACUUGCAAUAAUUAACAGAAACACAGGGCAAGCUCAUCCUUAAAAUUCAACAUGGCUGCUUCUUCCAUGGCUCUCUCAUCCCCAGCCUUGGCUGGCAAGCCCGUCAAGCUGUCCCCAUCAACCCCAGAUUUGGGCGUUGGGAGGGUUAGCAUGAGGAAGACCGUCACCAAGCAGGCAACUUCCGGAAGCCCAUGGUACGGCCCAGACCGUGUCAAGUACUUGGGCCCAUUCUCCGGCGAGCCCCCAUCCUACCUCACUGGUGAGUUCCCAGGCGACUACGGUUGGGACACUGCUGGGCUUUCCGCUGACCCAGAAACCUUCGCAAGGAACCGUGAGCUUGAGGUCAUCCACUCCAGGUGGGCCAUGCUUGGAGCCCUGGGCUGCGUCUUCCCCGAGCUCUUGUCCCGCAACGGUGUUAAAUUCGGUGAGGCCGUGUGGUUCAAGGCUGGUUCCCAGAUCUUCAGCGAGGGUGGGCUUGACUACUUGGGUAACCCAAGCCUGAUCCAUGCCCAGAGCAUCCUCGCCAUCUGGGCCACUCAGGUGAUCUUGAUGGGUGCCGUCGAGGGUUACCGUAUUGCCGGUGGGCCUCUUGGAGAGGUCACAGACCCAAUCUACCCUGGUGGGAGCUUCGACCCAUUGGGCCUUGCUGAUGACCCAGAGGCUUUUGCUGAGCUUAAAGUGAAGGAGCUCAAGAACGGUAGGUUGGCCAUGUUCUCCAUGUUUGGGUUCUUCGUUCAGGCCAUAGUGACCGGAAAGGGCCCACUUGAGAACCUCGCCGACCACCUUGCAGACCCAGUGAACAACAAUGCCUGGGCCUACGCCACCAACUUCGUCCCCGGAAAGUGAGCAUUGAAACACGCGAGGAUUGACCUGUGGACUUGAGUUUUAGAUUUGUGUUUGUUGAAGUAAACGUUAUUGCAAUGUACUUCUUCAGAUAAUGUGAAUUAUCUUGUUUAUUCCAUUUCCUAAUGUUGCUUAGCCUUUUACAUCAUCCCACUGUCAAUUUUGUUCAAAUUUCACG